AUGGCCUACGUCGACGAGAAGAAAGUCGAUGUCAUCGACAAGGAGAAAUCAGCGAGUUUCAUCGACCAGGAGGAUGAUCAAGCUCUCCGCGAGCCCCCGGCUGAGGAGACUCUGCAUCGUGGGCUCAAGGCCCGGCAGAUUUCCAUGAUCGCGCUGGGAGGAGCUGUAGGGACAGGUUUGAUCAUUGGUUCUGGAACGGCUUUGACGAGAGGUGGCCCACUAGGCCUUCUGUUGGGUUACGCCUACGUUGGAUUUGUAUGUUACCUGGUGAUGGUCUCCUUGGGAGAAAUGGCGGCCUUCUUGCCUCACAAGAAGGGAUUCGCUGGAUAUGCAACACGUUUCGUCGACCCUGCUCUUGGUUUUGCCCUGGGAUGGAAUUAUCUUAUGAAAUAUCUUGUUGUUACACCAAAUAAUAUCAAUGCUGCGGGCGUUGUUGUACAGUACUGGACACGCUCUGUCCAUAUCGCUAUCUGGAUGGUCAUAUUCAUUGUAUUCAUUUUUGUCAUCAAUCUUUUGGGAGUUCGUGUUUUCGGAGAGCUGGAAUUCUGGUUCUCGAGUCUCAAGAUUGUUGCGCUUAUCGGCCUGCUGUUGAUGGGUAUCAUCAUUGAUCUUGGUGGCAAUCCCAUGCAUGACCGUAUUGGCUUCCGCUACUGGCGAGCACCUAAUGGCCCUAUGGGAAAAUAUCUCCUUGAUCAAGUUCACAACGAGUCGCUGUCCAUUUUCCUGGGUUUCUGGGCUACUCUUACGAACGCACUUUUCGCCUACAUGGGAACUGAGUUGAUUGGUGUGACUGUCGGAGAAGCGGAGAACCCGCGCAAAAACAUCCCAGUUGCUAUCCGGAGAACGUUCUGGCGUAUUCUGGUCUUCUAUGUCGGCGGCGUUUUCGUCAUUGGUUUGAUUGUCCCAAGUACCAACGAGAACCUCUUCACCGCCAUCAGAGCGAGAACUGGUGCUGCUGCUAGUCCUUUCGUUGUUGCAACCACCCUCGUUGGUAUUAAAGUUCUCAAUCAUGUCAUUAACUCUGCCAUCCUCAUCUUUGUGAUGAGCGCUGCAAAUUCCGACUUGUACAUUGGUUCGCGUACUUUGUACGGCUUGGCUGUAGAAGGAAAGGCCCCUGCUAUCUUCAAGAAAGUGAACCGCUUAGGUGUUCCAUAUCCUGCAUUGAUCUUAUGCACGUUAUUCUGCGGCUUGGUCUUCCUUAAUGUCAAAUCUUCUGGCGCACGAGUUUUCGGUUGGUUCGUAAACCUAGUCUCAACCUUUGGUGCCUUGACAUGGAUGUGCAUUCUAUACUCUCACAUUCGAUUCAUGAAAGCUCUCCAGGCCCAUGGCCUGUCAAGGGACGAUCUUCCAUACAAAGCACCGUUCCAACCAUGGGGCGCCUGGUUUGCAUUAGGCUCAACUAUCCUCAUUACCAUCUUCAAAGGCUUUGACACGUUCUUGCCCUGGAAUGCGCCCAAUUUUGUAACGAGCUACAUCGCUAUCCCUGUGUUCUUUCUCCUUUGGAUAGGUUACAAGCUCAUAUUCAGAACGAGAGUCAUUCCGUACGAAGAAGUUGAUCUCGUCACUGGCCUACGCGAAAUUGACGAAGAAGAGGCUAAAUACCUCGCUGACGAAGCCGCCAAGGGACCAAGAUCCAGACUCAAGAGGUUGUGGGACUCUCUGUAG